CCAUUGUCACUAUAGCACAGGUUCUAUUCCAACCCCAAGUACUAUGGGUGAGAACGAUAAGAACACCAUUGCCGCCGACAACGCGACUACUGCGACUGGCGUCCCAGUUGCGCAACAGCAGCCUCAGCAGCAACCUCAAAACGGAAACUUGCAAAUGAGCGCUCAGAUGCAGAUGAACAUGCAGCAGGGUAACCCGCAGCAGCAGCAGGGGCAGCAGAUGCAGCAGCCAAUUAUGAUGCCCAACAACGGCCAGCAGCCGAUGAUGAUGGGCACGGCUCCGCAGCAGCUGCAAAUUCCUAUGGGCGGCCAGAUGCAGCAGGGCUCUGACCCCAAGAACCCCAACGGUGGCCUGCCACAGCAGAUGUCGCCCAUGGCUGGCAGCCAGCCCUCGCAGAUGUCGCAGCAGAACGGCAUGAUGCCCCAGAACUCUCAGGGCAUGAUGAUGUCGCCCAACGGCCAGCAGGGCAUGAUGAUGUCGGGCCAGAGCAACGGCAUGAUGAUGUCGCCUAUGUAUGCUGGGCCCCAGCAGGGCAUGAUGAUGAGCGGCCCCUCCAACGGGAUGAUGAUGAUGCCCAACGGGAUGAUGAUGGCUCCCAACGGCCAGCAGGGCAUGAUGAUGAAUGGCCAGCCGGGCAUGAUGAUGAACGGCCAGCAGGGCAUGAUGAUGAUGCCCAACGGCAUGAUGAUGCCCAUGCAGCAGCCCAUGAUCAUGCAGGCGGCGCCGCAGGCGGCCCCGGCCGCUGCGGCCAGCGCCGCGCCCGUGAUUAACAUCACCAGCACCAACACCAACACCAACACCAACCAGAACGCCAACGCCAACGCGGGCUACGGCAGCGGCUCUUGCAGCUGCGGCGGCGAUCUGGGCCCCGCGCACUGGACUGUCAUUGCCUGGCUCUUCUGCAUCUGCUGCUGCCCCUUCAACUUCUGUUACCCCUACUGCCAGCCAACCAAGCGUACGUGCAUGAAGUGCGGCCGGCUGUACUACCGCGACGGCUGAGCUGUCAACGGCUGGCUAGGCUGGCAACAAGAGCAAAGCUGCAUGGAAGAGACAUGCAAGUGGCUUCUCGCACCUGAUGGAUCAUGGGUGUGCGGAGACAUGUAGACAAUGGGUCUGGUAUGAAUGGUGGGUUUUGCCUGCGCUGCCAUGUGCGUCCAAUUUAACUUUCAAUGUGGUGCGUGUGGGUUGCUUGUGUACCACCGGCUUACUAUGAAGCUGGCCGUACCGCCGCGUAUAGAAACGCGGCCCAUGUUGGUUUUGCUGGAGUGACCGUUUGCUGGUUGAAUUCGGGACAUGGCCUUUGUGAUUGCAAUGAUGGCACGUUUGCCACUCGAAACAGAGAAGCUAGGAACUCACGCUUCAUAUGAAAUGCACGUAUUAGCA